UAAAAAAUAUUUAAAUAGUAAAAAAUAUGUUAAUUUAACGUGUUAAAAUUUUAAAAUAAAUUUUAAGUAUGACAUGCAUCUUAACAUUUAUAUAAAUAUAUAUCAUAACCUAAAUAUAAAUAAUUUAACAACUUAAAUUAGAAAAAAAAUAAAAAUCCCGGGCGUAGCCCGGGUUAAUCCCUAGUAUCUGAUAAUGGUAACAAAGGAUGGACUCAACUAAAGUAAUGUAGAUAUUUUGUUUGACUUAUAUUGUGAGAAAAUAUAAUAAAAAAUUAAACGUGAAUUACCUUUUGGUACUGUUUGAAAACAUGAAUAACAAUCUAAAUAAGAAUUAUCUGAAAAACAUAUAGCAGUAUAAAAAAAAUAAAAUGUCAUUUUAGUAAUUUCAUUAAUAUAAUUACAUUAAUUAUUUUUCAAUAUUUCACUCAGUUAAAUAAUUACAUUAAUUAUAUUACCUUAACAAUACAUCGCAUCAUUAAUUCUAUUACCAUAAUUAUAAUAAUGCAGAUUUUAUUUAUUAGUAUAAUUCACCCAGUUAAAUAAUUACAUUAAUUAUAUUACCUUAACACUACAUUGCAUCAUUAAUUCUAUUAUCAUAAUAAUAAUAAUGCAGAUUUUAUUUAUUAGUUAAUCAACAAUAACUUUGUGCCUAUUAUAAAAUCAAAAAUGUAAAAUAACUGGAUUUUGCAUAUGGUUAAACGUUCGGUUUAGUUUGUUUUACUAAAUUUUUUAUUUUAGUUUUACUGGUGAAAAUUUACAUAGCCAAAACAUAAUUCAAAGACAUAUUUUUGUAAAUAAAAUAAUAAUUUAAAUCAAAAUAAGAAAAUGUAUUACAUUUAUUGUCACUUAAUUUUUCACUCAAUAUAAUUAUUUUACUAAAUAAAAAAACUUUUUCUAUUUUACUUAAUUUAGCCAAAAAAAUAGAAAGAGUCAUUUUAUUAGUUUAUAAAAUAAGUUAGACAUAAACAUUUGCUAUCUAUUUAGGUACAUGAUGUUCUUUUUGGGUAUCGUGUGUUUUGUUUUGAGAUUAGGCCCUCCUUAAAUAUUAUAAAUUUAUGUGUGGGUUUUGCUGAGUCUGGAUGAGUUCAGUUAUAAUGUAUAAGAACCUAAAAAUAUCUAAAUAACAAAUGUAUCUGAAACGGGUUCAGAUAUUUGCACCAAAAAAUAACCAUAUUACCCUAUUCGGUCGAGGUCUUUUGAAUACAGUUAGUUAUAUUACGACCCAUCUAAAAUAUAUAACACUAAUUAUAAAAAUAAAUAUCAAUAUAUAAAAAUUUAAGAAUCAAUACUUGCGCGGGUACACGGAUCAGUCUCUAGUAUUGUUUAUAUGUUUUCACUUUUGAGGAUAUCUGAAUAUAUGUCCUGCUUGACUUAUCUUGUGCGAAGUAUAUAUGUUUUUAACAAAAUAGUCUUCGUAUAGUGGUAAAAGAGUUCCAGCUGAAGUUUCCGUCAUGGGUUUGAUUUUCUUUGGCCACCCAUAGACGCUUUAAAUGGUAAAAAAUAUCCAGAUUUCUAUUGGUUUUUUGGUGAUUAGUCAUUGGACCUAGAAAGCAUUUGAGAUCACAUUAAAGCUAUCAGAAAAAAUAUAUAUGUUUUGUUACUUAAGUUAUAAUACAUAUUUAUACAUGUUCUUGUAUGUAUAGAUUAGCAAUAAUGCCAAGAAAGGUGGUCAGUUUUUAUUUGGAGGAGUAAAACCAUUUGCAAAAUGUUGAUUGUCACUGUAGAUGGAGUAUAAUUUUAGCGGUUUGAAUAAGGAAUACAACUGAAGUGUUGGUAGACAGUGUACUGGUCAUACAAAAGGUUUGAUUUCGAGUGUGAUUGGUAUUGAUGAGAGUAACUGAGCAUAAUAAAUAAAGAGGAACUGAGAGUAACAAUAAAUAGAUUAAAUAGUGUAACAUAAAAAAAGAAAAAAAUAGAAUCCAGCGCAACACACUUUCUUCACCUGAACCCAGAGAAAGAAAAUAAUCAUUUUUACUCUAUUUAAAUAGUAACCAGCAGAAAAGUAAGUGGGAAGUUUUCAACUUGAUUGGUUGAAUAUUGGCUUUAACUGAAAGGUAUUGUUAGCGAUAAAGUAGUGGAGUAAAUAUUUUUUUUCCGCUGAGUUACGCUAGAGUCAGCCAAUCAAGUGGAAAUUUUUUUCUUCCCAUUUCCUCUGAUUACUGUUAAAAUAGAGUAAAACACACACACAACUUUACUCCAACCUAAGCAACAAAGCAUUUGGUAACACCAUAAACUUCACCAAGAUUCACAUUAAAAAUCGCAAACCUAGAGGAGUCGUUCUUUUUCUUCAGUGGUUGAUAAAUUGGAGUUGGUGACUUAUGUGGUCUCUCCGCUUAUUGCACAGCUCAACCGUCAAGCUGUAUAUUCCAAGUUUGUGCUUUUCAAAUCACUGUUGAUAUUGGGAUCCAGACUUUUCAUCUCGAAUAUGUCUUUCUAUUUUGUUUCUCAAUGAAUUCGUCCAUUGGUCGAUUUAAUGCUUCACAAAGAAAAACUCUUGGGAUUUCAUUUCAUGUGACUCUUCAUCCCAAGCAACGAAAACAUUUAUAUGUGCAGCUUGAGGCCGUUGCCAUGGAGGAUGCAAUGCUCGAUUUAAUUCGAAAGAGUGGGUAAAGGAAGACGUUAAUAAUUGAAUUAAGUGAUGAUAAAUGAAUGUGUUAGAUAGGCGUCCACCGUAAUUGGCGAGAGUUAUGAACCACAACGUUUGACUUUCAAUCUCCAUCUUUGCGUGAAUGGAAUAAACUUUAGUGUAAACAGAGCCUACGCAGAUUAAACCAAAAAGCUUUCAAACUUAACAUAUGACAGCCCAUUUUGUGAAUGAACACAAAAUGACAGAAGAAGAAGCUAAACGAAAAUAAACUUUAGUGAGUUUUUCUUGUCCUGCCAUAUGUUGCAAAAUAGAGAUAUGAAUGCUGAGGUGGAUAACAGACCGGUUUAUAUUUUAAAGAAAAUGAUAAUUUUUAUCAAAAAGUGCUACUAGAAUUUAAAAGUCUCUUCUGUGGAACCAAAAGAUUUUUUUUGGUAAACUAAAAACCCCAAAGUUCAGGUCAAACUUAUUUUUCUAAUACCUUUAAUUUUAGGGAAAAUUAGAAAAAAGAGACACUUUCAACUUGAGUUUGUCACUCUAAUACUUUUUCUAAAUUUUUUGUCCCUUUAGAACUUUAAUUUUUGUAAAUACAAUUAUACCCUUAAAUUAAAUGCUAAAAUAUAUAAAAAAGGAGAUUCAUCGGUUCGCUAAACACAAUCCAUCGGUUCAUUCUAAACUCCUAAAUUUUAGAUGAACACAAUCCACUACCCUCAGAAAAUUGAGAUAAACACAAUCCAUCUGUUUGCUAAAACAAAAUGCAAGGGUUCGAGUUCAAAGAGAUUCAGGAGAAGAUCCCCAACAGCUUUUGUCCAUGGCCACGAUCCUUUCAAUUCUGGGUUCGAGCUACCAAUAUCUAGACUGGUUACAAGGUCCCAACUGUGUCUCGACUUGAGCUCCGUCGUUGUAGCCACCGUCGCUUCACUGUGCUCUUGGUCGCCAUCAAAUUCUCUCACCGGAACCACCACUGCCGUGUCAUCUCCGCCGCUACACGGGCUCCUCUUCUCCGUUCAAGCAGUCACAGCCCGAGAGCAUUGAAUCGAGCAGGCCACACCUUCACGCAUCGCUCGAUUGGUUCUCUCGGAUGUUCAGUUCGUCGUUUGGACCAAGCCAGAUGGAUCGAGCAUUUAUCUUCCACAUCGAACGUUCCCAACCACAAAACAGACAUGGCUAAAUUUUAAUAUAUUGCACACUUGGCCCCUGAGAUUAGUUCCUUUCUUAUUUUCCCCAGAAAUUUUAUUUUUGAAAUUAGUCCUCGAUUUCGCACCCAGUACUAUUGGUUCAGGGAAAUAUCUUUAAUGUUCGCCCCAGUACUUUUAAAUUUGCGGAAAUAUCUUUAUGAUUUCGCCUUAAACUUUAAACGUUCACUUUUGACUCUAUUAUAUGAAAAUGCAAUAUAUACAAAACUCAGAAAUUAAUCGUGGAGCAAUCCAGGAUUAGUUUUAAUUUUUUUAUUAUACUUUCUAGUAUAUAAGCUAGUAUACGUAUCAAAGUAGCGUGAAUCAUAUGUGGUAUAGUGGUUUGUUUGUAUAAUUUUCUUUUGAAUAACUCGGGUUCGAGUGGAGGAAAGAACAACUUUGAUGAUUUUUUGACUUAGGAAAGAUUAUACUCUGCGAGAUUUAGAUCAGAUUUCGUGUAUAAUUAGGAAAGUACAUCUUUAACCGAAUAUAGAAGUUUCCAUAUUUUCCGGAUUUGCCUAGAAUAUGUAUAUUACCUUACGCAUAAUACAAUAGAGUAGAUGGGAAAUAUAUUAUUCCUUUAGGCGUCACAUAAGGUAAAAGGAAGAACAUGUUAUGACACAUAAUCUAGAUAAGGUAUAUUAUUGAGCUGUGGCUAUGUAUCGUUAUCAAGCUGUAUGUAUUCUGAAGACAUCUUUCUUGAUUAUAACAUUUUGAAAUAUAGCUUGGUUAGAAUAUAUAAGAAAUGCUAGUUUACGUUGUAUGCCCAAAAUAUAUCUAUAUAUAAAACUUAGUUUCUGAUUUCUAGACUAAGUCGAUGACCAGAAUGAGUAUUUUAACUGUAACUAGAAGAUAAAAUAAAAUAUGAUUCCACUUUAAAAAAAAAACUUUUAAACAUAUAUAUUGUCAUACUUAUGUUUCCAACAUUUUUUAUACUCCCUCCGUUUUUUUAUAUAAGUCGUUUUAUAGCUAUGCACGUAGAUUAAGAAAACCAUUAAUUUCUUAUAUUUUCUAAACAAAAACAUCAUUAAUUAUUUACCUAACCACAAUUCAACCAAUAGAAAAAUAAAAGAUAUAUUACCAUUGGUCAUACAACAUUAAUUACUAAUAAAUUUUACAUAGAAAACCGAAAACGACAUAUAAUUUGGAACAAAAACAUUUCUCUACAGCGACUUAUAUUAAAAAACGGAGGGAGUAUUUUUUAACAUUUUUAAAAUUCAGUUUAGUAUUUUAACCAUAAAAGAAGAGUAAAAAUUGUACAGAAUUGCCCAAAAUAUCAAAAGUCCUAUUGUGACAAAUAAAAGUUCAAAGUGUCUCAUUUUUCCAAUUUUCCCUUAAUUUUAUCACCUAACCAAAAUUUAUAUCACUAUAUGUAUACAUCUUAAAAUCACGUAGUUUUACCAAUACGUACAUAGAUGGCAAGAAAUAUUUCCAAUUUUUAAGUGAAAGAGAGCCAGAGAAAACAUUGCAAAUGAAAAUAAAAAGAUAAUAAUCAUGGGGUUUAAAGUUUGACAACAACACCAGAUUUUCCGUGUCUCUCUAAUUAAUCUUUUGUGUCUCCUCGUAAUUAACUACAUAUAAACCUUCAUAUACUUAUCUGAACUUUCUCUUACAUACAAAAAGUCUCUCAAGACAAAAGCAGUCUUUCUCUAUCUGAUUCAUGUCAAUUUUCUUCACAAAAGAAUCCAUUGUCCUAGCAUCCCAAUCAAUGGAUAGAUCAAUACCAUUAUCCGACGUAGAUGGAGAAAUGAUACAUGUUGAGGUGGUCAAUAGCCUUGAUUGGAUCAGUAAGCUCCCAAAUGAUCUUUUGCUUAAGGUCUUAUCGAAGUUGUCCAUGGAAGAAGUCCUUAGAACAAGUGUUCUAUCAAAAAGAUGGGUGGAUGUGUGGAAGGAGACAUCUCAUCUAUACUUGGACAUGCGAAGGAUCGCAAAAGCAAAAAUUCUUUUGCCCGAGGUUUCACAUCAAGCUGCUAGAUCGGUGACAAAGAUCAUAAAGGAUCACCGUGGCCAUUUGGAAAGAUGCACAAUCUACCAUGACUCCCUCCAGUGUGAAGACGGGGUGUUUGAGUCUUGGAUUCAGUCACUGGUUAAUGUGAAACACAUCAAGCAUCUCAAACUUGUAAACCUUUUUGACCAUUUUGAACCUAUCACAGGAUCCCAUGUCACACUUGACUUGCUUCCUAAGUCAUUUUCCCACCCAGACCUCAUAUCUCUCUUCCUAGAUGAGUACAACUUAGAAACUCCACAUGCUUUUUACAGUUGCCGGAGUUUAAAGGAUCUUAGUCUUAUUAACGUCUCAGCCGAAACUGAAGUCUUUAAUGCAGUCCUUGUGUCUUGCCCUUCUCUCGAAGUGCUUGCACUAAAGAUCAGUUGCCACAAAAAAGGGUUUCUGAAGAUUGAAAACCACAACCUAAAGUUCUUAUUUUUAUCCUGCCUUGGGAUAAAAGGCAUUAACGUGUCUUCACCCAACCUAGAUAUCCUCUCCAUUGAAUAUCUCUCGUGUAAGGAAGAGAACUUCUUCACUGCGAGCCCUAGGCUCCAUUCUCAUCGGAACUAUUGGGCUGCAGGACAAUGCCUUGCUCACACUAGCUAUAUUAUAUCAUGCCCCCAGCAGGGAGAAGAAAGCAUUGGGCAUAAAGUCAUGCUGAGCGGAUUCACAGAUUGUAUGAAAAUGUUGUCAUUAAUGUCGGUUAGUGUAGACUUAACAAAUGCAAAAGAAGUUGAGAUGCUCAGACAAGUGUUAGCUGCAUGGCCUGUAGAAAUGGGAGAACUUGAGAUUGUAUCUAAGAGUAACAAUGAUGCUAUCAAAGAAAGUGAGUCUUCCAUUGGAAAAACAAGGAACACGAUUUGGGAAGAGACAAAACCGUUUCCCAAUGCUGAGUUUCGUGUAUAUACGGUAUGGUUGUCUAACUUUAGCGGUUCAGAGGAAGAGUUUGCAUUAGCCUCGCGUGUGAUAACGCAUGGGACGGUAAUCUGGAACAUGAAGAUUAGACCAUCGUCCUCUUCUACAACUAAGAAGUCAAAAAUCAAAGCGGCAAUAGCGAAGCUAAAGGAACUUCCAAAAUGUCACAAUUACUUUCGUAUCACAUGUUCUGAUGAGGCUCUGGUUGAACCUAGCCUUUGGUAAUAGAGAAAGAGAACUCUUCAGAAUUUAGAUUAAAUUAUUGUUGUAUUUCCUUUUUAUGUUUAAAUAUUUGGGAUAUAAUUUGGAUGAACUUGAAUUUUAUUUGACUGUUGAUUGAGUUAUUAACUCAUUGUCUUGUUUAGUUCUUGAUUUGCUCAAUAUGCUUUGUUAAAAGGGGUUAUUAUAUAAUGAGUUGACCAAUUAUACCGAUAUGUGCGUUAAGAUAGGUGUUAAUAUAUACUAUUUAUGUAGAUUAUCAGUGAGUUGCUUCCACUGACAAACAUGGCUUUCAUAUUGUUUAGAAAUGCUGUUAAUGAUGUCGAACCCAAAGGAAAGUAGUACUAUCAUGUGACACUAUUACUAAUAUGAAUGUCAUAGAUAAAAAGUUGAGAUAUGUGGAAACAUACCGAAAUAUUGGUAACAAUAUGCAGGUUACACCAUUCCGGGAAGUUAUAAUAUACUGUGAAUCUGUGAUUAUAAGUUAUUUUUACCUUACUACAUGUGAUAUUGUAUGACGGGAAAUCUAACCAUUUGCUGCUUAGCUGAUUUAUUUCCUCUACGUCUUCUCUGUUCAAAAACCCAUAGUUGCUAAUCAGACUAUCAGAGCCGUCUUGAAAUUUACAAAACCUUAUACAAUAUAGAAAUAUUUUACCAUAAAAUAAAUAAUUAUGCAAAAUUUUAUAUGUUACUCUCUCCGUUUCAUUUUAAUUAUCGUUUUAGACUUAAACAUACAAAUUAAGAAAACGUUUAAUUUUGUAUAUUUACUAGAUAAAAAUAUCAUUACCAAUACAACUAACCACAUUUCAACCAAUAGAAAAAUAUAUUAGAAUAUAAGUUUAAUAAAAUUUGCAUUAUAACUAUAAAACGACAUUUAUUUUGAAACGGAGGAAAUAUAACAUUAUUUAAAAAACUAAACAGUUUUUUUUUGUAAAUUCAUAUUUACAUAUUUAAUAAGUUUUUAUACAUAAAUUAUAUUAGUUUAAUAUUUUUGAUACUAUAUUUUUGAUCAAAUAUUUAAAAUAUCUAUUGUUAUUUUAAUUUUUGUUUUAAAUGUAGGCUUUAGAAAAAUAAAAACCCCAUGCAAAUAUUUCUUACGCAUGUACUCAGGACCGAAACUGUUGAUAACGUUUAGCACUAUCAUAAGAGAAGAUCGAUCUGCUACAGAUAUUUUAAAGAGUAGCUAAACCUAAAAAUCAAUAAAAAUACAUAUUUUCAAAAUAUGUGAAAACUGAAAUUUAUUGUAAAUAUAGAUUUUUCUUCCUUUAUUAAUAUUUAUUGUUUUAUUAUUGUCUAAUUGUACAAUGAUAUAAAUAAAUAUAAUUAAAUAACACAAUUAAGAAUAUUUAAAAUGUAUGCCCUUUUACAAAAAAAAAAAGAAAGUAUAUUUAAGAUGUAAUUUAAUAUAUU